AUGUCAUCGUUUUCCUACCUCGCUGGAGAACUGCUUCGUCGUGCCGACAUCCGUCUCAUACGGCGAAGGCGGCCAGACUUGGGGCACCUGACUGACGAUGACCUAGCGACUGGUAGGCAUGGCAAGAUCACAGUGAUGAGUGAGGCGCCUGGCACGCACCGCAACGUUGUUGUCGAAGUGCCCAAGAAACCAUGUUCAUCAAUCAUCAUCAAUGACGACGAUCCCGACAUCGUGAUGGACAUACAGACCGAGAAGUAUCCCGUCAUCAAUCAAAUCACACGCCCUGUUCUCACCACUGCUCAAAAGCGCAAGCGUGACGAAGAGGACCCUCUCACAUCUCGACACAACAAAAUGGUCCAAGUCCUCGUGGGUCCCGAAGAGAGCAGCUUCCGGCUCUUCGAGAAUGAUAUUCGUGUUGUGCCUUUCUUCAGAGGCUGUCUGGACGCGACCAUGAUCGAAGCCGACGAAAAGAUCGUGAGGAUGCCUGAGGAUGACGCGGCUGUCUUUGAAGCUGCUGCCUACUUCAUUAGAUACCACAAGCUGGAAAAGCUACUCGCGGAAAGUUGCAAGCAAGAUGUCCCUGUCGAUGUACAUGAUAGUUCAGGACAGAAUCAGCCGCGAUCCAUAGACCGCGACGCCCGCGCCAAGCCGAGCAAGGUCGCCCUUCAGCUCUACUUCCUUGCCAACAAGCUCAUGUAUCAACCGCUUCAAGACGCCGUCUUCGCUGACAUCGAGUCCUUCAUGAAAGGCAAAUGCUUCGCGACCUACGAAAUCAAGAUGAUCGAGGAGAAGCUCGGUGGUCAGGAUGGCGACCAACUGCGAGAGUACGUGCUCAAGAGUGUGGCUGAGUACAUUCACCAUUUCAAGGGUUGGAAGAAGUUCGAUGAGAACGGGCAGAUCAAGUACAGGGAGGCGAGGUACCGAGACGUGGCGGGCUUUGUGAUUGAGGCACUAGUGAAGUAUCCGAGCAACGGGAAGUAG